AUGUCAGGUCCGAGCCAGCCGCAAUACGACACCCAAAAUGAGGUGAUGUGGUUCAUCGCAGUGCAGAAGGAACCGUCGUGGACUCAGGAACGCUUCCUGCACGAGUACCAAAAGGUGCACGUGGACCUGGCGCGCGAGGGCCACAACCACACAAAGCUACCCUUGAGCUACGUGCAGGUCGGCGCGAGGGAUCUACCGGACGAGAAUAACCCGGCCGACGCGUGGGACUUCGUGACGUGUCUGUAUUGGCCCAACACCUUUGUCGUCUGGAAAGGGUUCCAGAACCCGGCGUACCGCGAGACGGCGGGCAAGCACGUCUUCUGCCGCCUAGACCAGAAGGGCCUGCUGGCGAGGAAAGUCGGGGAGGUGGGCGCGGUGACGGAGAGGUUCGUGGAGGAUGGCGGGUUUGCUGUGCAUGUGUUUCACCACCGGGAAGGGGACGGCGACGAGGUUGAUGGCGCAUGGGUUGACGAGCGACUUCAGCUAGCUAAAGGGCUGGCUGGAGAAGGAAAUCUGUUGCGGGAGUACAGUAUUUGGAAGGAUGUCACCCCCAAGGAUACGGACUCAUUCUUCCGGGAGACUCAGUUCUCGGGAGGUUCGUGGCUUGAGUUCACGGCUGUUGAGCGGUUUGUAUUCAGAAAUAGGGAAGAGGCAGCUCAGUUCUGGAAGGGGAGGCGGGCCUCCAUCGUGGGCAGCCCAGAUUCGACUUACAUCGUAGGAGGGACAGCGUCUAUUGCUAUCUAA